AUUAUUCAGCCUGGUCACCGUGUGCCGCGUCUCUCAAUCAUCAAUUACGCUUUAUGUGUUCCGUCAACAUGUACCAACCUUGACGUUCAGCACUCGUUAAAUGAAUAUUUGAAGGAAUUUGUGAGUGGUACAUCGAUUGAGUAUCAACUUCGUGUCGAGAAUAAAAUGUGUCAAAUUAAGAAAGAACGGAAUUGGAGUCAAAACACUAAACUCACCAUCAUUUUCUUUGCAUCGAUAUUGGCGAUAGCCGCAGCAUCAACCAUAAUCGAUCUCUUACACUCCAAUCCAAAUGAGUUGCUGGUGUCGUUUUCUUUGUGGAAAAAUUCAAAAGCAUUGUUCAGUUUGGAUCGAAGUCCAAGUGAUGUGAGCACCAUUCAUGGCAUACGAUUCAUUAAUGCUGGACUACUUUUAAUCUCGCAUAAAUCAAUGGCAGUCUUCUACAAUCCGCACACGAAUCAAACACAAAUGAUAGAGCAAAUUGGUGAAUACAUAUCGGUGAUUGCAAGAGCGGCAGCCAUUUAUACAGAUGCUUUUAUAAUGUUGAGUGGCUUGUUGACAUCGUACGCAAUCAUUGGUCGUUUGAAAAAUAAUCAAUCACCGCGCAUCGGACAAGAGUACUUCAGUCGUUUUCUCCGUAUUGUUCCGACACUUGGUGCUCUUAUUUUGUUCUGCACAUUCAUUCUGCCAGAACUUGGAGCUGGGCCACAGUGGAAUUUGGUGGUCGAACAACAUGCUGACAUUUGCAAAGAAAAUUGGUGGAAAAAUUUCCUUUUCGUACACAAUUACUUUGGAUUCGGGAAAAUGUGUUUAACUCAUACACAUCAUCUUGGAAUUGAUACGCAACUCUUUGUAUUGUCGCCGAUUUUAAUUUUGAUUUUGUGGAAAUGGCCAAAAAUGGGAUCAAUCGGUCUACUUUCUGUGGCUGUGUUCAGCACUGGUGCCAGAUUUUAUGUGACCAUUGCACAUCAACUUUCGAAUUAUGUAUACUUCGGUGCAUCUAUAAAGCAACUAUUCCGAACGGCCGAUUUGAUGUAUAGUAUGCCUCUUCAUAGAGCCACCAUUUAUAUUUUUGGCAUUUUCGUAGGCUAUGCAAUGCGAAUGUAUAAACAUGUUAAACUAUCCAAGAGUCAAUUAAUUUAUGGAUGGUCGAUAAGCAUUUUGAUGUUGUCGAUUGUAUUGAUUGGACCGGCCAAAAUGGGGAAUAUGAACUACAAAUACAAUCCGUACGAUGCCGCCUUUUAUGCUGCAUUCAGUCCUAUGUCGUGGUGCACCAUUUUUGCAUGGAUCAUUUUCACCACCCACAUUGGAUAUUCAUCUUUUAUUAGCGAAAUUCUGUCUUGUCGACUGUUCUUGGUUACAACACGUCUCGCGUAUGCCAUAUAUUUGACACAGUUUCCAAUAUUCUUUUACAAUGUUGGCACAACCAAACACUCGGGAUUCUAUAAUUUUAUCACAACAAAUGGCAACAUCUAUGAAAUAUUAUUCAUAAUUGCGGUAUCUGUUAUCCUUACUUUGCUGUUUGAUACGCCCUUCCAAAACAUCAAGAAAUAUAUAUUUGAUAAGAAAAAACCAACAGUGAUAACGAACAACAACGAAAAAGAGUUCACAAUCAGCAACAAAGAUAACUAGACUUAUUUACUACCAAUUUAGAAAUAAUUUCCUAUAAUUUAAUUUAAUUUAAUUGAUAAAAAUAUAGCGAAUUUCAUGUAAUACAUUCCAAAACAAAAUUUCACAAAUUUUUCUCUGUGAAAUGAAUUCUGUUUGACCUCUGUCACAAUCGAAAAAUCA